CGUCUGUCCAGUUUCCCAGUCGACAGACCAAGGCUCCACAAACACCCAAGCCACUUGGACGUCACCGUUUCUAAAUAUAAUAAGCGUAUCUUUCUAGCAGAAUCUCCCAAGGGGUUGCAAACAUAAAUACAAGUACAUUCACUAGACUACUACUGUGAUAACUGAGUCGAGUCGCCGUAAUUGCACCCAAGCUUCAACGUGAUUAAUAUUUCCUGAAAUCAUUGUCUGGGAUUGAUUCACAUUCCCAACACACAGUAACCACCUCCCACCCAACACCAUGACUUCCACCCUCUCCUCCGCCGCCUCCAACCCCACGGGCGCCACCUGCGCAACCCAACCCUACAGCCAACUCCCCACCAACGACGUCGCCUGCGCCGUCGCCCACGCCUCCGCCGAAGGCCUCCCCUCCAACUACACCUCGCUCAUGGAAUCCUGCUGCAAAAAGGCGCCCGUCGAGAAAUUCGCAAACGACUGCGGCCUCUACUGCCUCUCCAUCGACCAGUCCGUCGCGGACCUGACGCGCUGCUUCCAGGACGCGGGCAUCCAGCCUGGCUGGAUCUUUUGCAAUGGGAAUAAUACGGCGAGCGCGACGGCGACGGGGGCGCCGAGUAAGACGGGGGGAGGAGCUGGUGCUACGGGGGGUGCUACGGGGACGGGGGAGCCGCGGCAGACGGGUGCAGCGGGGGUGGUGAAUGUGCGGCAGAGUGUUUCCAAGGCGGGGUUGGGCGUUGUGGCUAUGUUGGUGGUUUCGGCUGUUUUUGGGACGAUGUAGAGCUUUGGUUGGAGGAGGUUGGAGUCUGACGUUCUGUGUUCUGGGAAUGUUGAGCGUGCGUGCAGAGGUAAAUUAGGGGUAAUCAUGAAUUGGCGUUGGAGGAGCACUGGGUUCGGUUUGAGGGUGAACUUUUAUACAUUUAGGUACUGACUUGGAGGGCGUAAUCAUGUAAUAAUGCAUCGACGGUUCGGCGUCGUGUCAUAAUCAAUAUUCACCUCUUCGACC